CCGAACUCAAACUACUUCUUUUUCCAAGAUGGCGUCGAUGAAGGAUAGCGACACCGGCCUGUGGCUUCAUAAUAAACUCGGCUCCACAGACGAACUUUGGGCGCCCUCCAGUAUCGCCUCUCUCCUCACCGUGUCAGUCAUUGACAACAUACGGCUGUGUUUUUCCAGCCUGUCGCCGCCCGUGAAGCUCAAGCUGCUGCUCGGGAUGCUGCAUCUCCCUCGGCGGACCGUUGACGAGAUGAAGGAGGCCCUGUCGGAGAUCAUCCAGCUGGCUACGGUGGAUUCUGAGCCCUGGGUGCUGAUGGUUGCUGACAUCCUUAAAUCCUUUCCAGAGACGGGCUCCCUUAAUCUGGACUUGGAGGAGCAAAAUCCAAAUGUACAGGACAUCCUAGGGGAGCUCCGGGAGAAAGUGAGCGAGUGUGAGGCGUCCGCCAUGCUGCCACUGGAGUGUCAGUACCUAAACAAGAGCGCUCUGACCACACUGGUGGGACCCCUGACACCCCCCGUCAAACACUUCCAGCUCAAGAGGAAACCCAAGAGCGCCACCCUCAGAGCAGAGCUGCUACAGAAAUCCACAGAGACAGCCCAACAGCUGAAAAAGACAGCCGGAGUGCCUUUUCAUGCCAAAGGGAGAGGCCUGGUCAAAAAGAUUGACACCACUACGCCGCUCAAGGGGAUUCCCAAGGCCCCGUUCCGCAGCCCCACCACACCCAGUAUGUUCAGCCCUCCCAGUAACCGCACACCCAUUCCCCCCGCACGGACGCCCCUGCGCAAAGAGAGGGGGGUCAAGUUGUUGGACAUUUCAGAGCUGGACAUGGUCGGAGCUGGCAGAGAGGCUAAGAGGAGAAGAAAGACGUUGGAAACGGAGGCUGGAGAGAAAGCAGCCAAAGAGGAAGCCGUGGUGGAGAACGCCACACCGGACUACGCUGCUGGUCUGGUCUCUGCACAGAAACUCGGUGCGUUGAACAACGAGAGCGCCCUCCCGUCAACCAGCUACCUACCAGCCACACCCAGCAUGGUGCCCUCCUCCUCCUACAUUCCCAGCUCAGAGGCACAGCCAGCGAACGCAGGCGGUUCAGGACGGGAUGCCCUGCAGUCAGCCCGGCAGCCGGAGGAGUCAGCCACGGCAGGCGGCGGCACAGCUGCCACGUUACCAGGCCAGUACAAACAGAGGACGCCCAUGUACAACGCCAGCACCACGGCCAGCCCCGCCACGCCCACGUCUCCCAGCACGCCGGCCUCCACCCCCGCCAGCAACGGGCCCCCUGCCGCUGCCACCGCCAGCCAGCCAGAGACCCCCACCCAGCCGCCCAGCACGCCUCAGACCCCCACCCCGACACCGACCCCCACGCCGCCACAACCCCAACCCAAAAAGAACCUCUCGCUCACGAGAGACCAGAUGUACGCUGCCCAGGAAAUGUUCAAGACAGCCAACAAGGUCACCAGACCGGAGAAGGCCCUCAUCCUGGGCUUCAUGGCUGGAUCCAGAGAGAACCCGUGCCCGGAGCAGGGUGACAUCAUCCAGAUCAAGCUGAGCGAGCACACGGAGGUCCUGCCUAAGGCCGACGGCACCGGCAGCACCACCAUGCUGGUGGACACAGUCUUCGAAAUGAACUACGCUACGGGACAGUGGACCCGUCUCAAGAAAUACAAACCCAUCACCAACACCUCCUGAGGCAGCCCAGGGGACGCUCGCUCCCUCUGAUACACACCCACACACUUUUUCGUAUUGUCACACACACCAAACACAUGUUUACAUGCAUACAGGCAUUUGCAUACACACUUGGGCCAAAUCAAGCACUGGGGGAGGGGUGGGAAGGGGGGUUACUGGAGGGGUUGAGAACUCCCCCUCUUAAAGUUCCUGCACCGCUGAAAUGCAGGACUCUUCAAGACUAUUUCUGUAUUAUUUUUCCACCCCUCCUCUUUUUAUUAUUGUUUUUCGUAAGUCCCCUCAGAUUCCUGAAUGUCGUUGUGGUCAUAAGGGGCGAGAGGUGUAAGAAUAAUGAGCAGAGAGGUGAUCGCUCUCCCAGCAGGCGUGCUUUCAAGAUUUGUACUCCAAGGUACAAGCAUGUCCCGUGUUGAGAAAAGAAAGGCAAGCUGUCCAAAUUUUUUUGUCUGAAUGUGACAUUUGCAGCUUGUUCUUCUUUCAGAAUAGAAUGAUGGUUUGGGAGAGAGAAAAAUGUGAUGUACUCAUGGAGAUCACCGAAAAGGAUGAUUAGUGCAUAAUUCUUGAUGCUGUCAAGUUCUGUUUUUGGAGCCUUCUGGAAGAUGUUGAAUAAUUUUUCAUCCUGUUGCAAAAGAAGGGAAGAAAAUAAAGCAAAAACAGAUUCCACA